AUGUCCACAGACGAGAUCUCCUUCCUGCCGCUGGGCGCCAUCCUCCAGUCAUUCCACGUCGGCGGCAUCAACAUCGUGCAAGGCUUCCCAGCGCAGGAGCACUACGAGGCGCACAACAGCGCACACUUCGGCGCCACCAUCGGCCGGGUCGCCAACCGCAUCUCGGCCGCCACCAUCGACUCGCUCAACGGCCAGUCCUACAAGCUGAAGGCCAACAACGGGCCCAACAACCUGCACGGCGGCGAGAAGGGCUGGGGCAAGAAGGUCUGGGACGGGCCCAAGCCCAUCGGCACAAAGGAGGAGGCCGCCCCUGGCUUCGGCAAGUUCAAGGAGGGCGGCGAGAGCGUCAAGUUCACCCAGCACUCGCCCGACGGCGACGAGGGCUUCCCCGGCACCGUCGAAGCGACCGUCGUCUACACCGCGGGCAAGGACGACAAGGGCGCCACGAUCCUGGGCAUGGAGUACGAGGCCAAGCUGGUGGGCGGUGCGGAUGAGACGGCCAUCAACAUGACGAACCACUCCGGAUAUGUGCCCAACAGCUACUUCAACCUCUCAGGCGGCCCCUCCAUCGAGGGCACCGAGGUCGAGCUCGUAUCAAACGCCUACCUCCCCGUCGACGACGGCGGCAUCCCGACCACGACCAAGGCGGCCACUUACCCCGGAAUCGAGAGCAAGAAGCCCUUCACGCUGGGCGCGGCCGAGCCCGACGUGGACGACUGCUUCGUCGUCGACGACGCCACCGCGUCCUCCGUGCCCCUCGACACCCGCGGCCGGCCGCUGACGAGGCUCGUCGCCGCCCGCCACCCGGCCACCGGCAUCCACCUCGAGGUCUACAGCACCGAGCCCGCCUACCAGUUCUACACGGGCAAGUACAUCGACGUGCCAGCCGUGGGUGGCGCCGCGGCAAGGGCGCCGCGCAGCGGCUUCUGCGUUGAGCCUAGUCGAUACGUCAAUGCGCUCAACGUGCCUGAGUGGAAGGGCCAGACGCUGCUGAAGAAGGGGGAUACAUAUGGAGCACGCAUUGUGUACAAGGCUUGGAAGGAGUAG